AUGUCGCAGUCUCCUACCACCGACGCCAAACACCAAGCCGACCACGAAUUGCGCUUCUACACCUCGCAACCCACCUUGGACGUUCCUACCGUUGGCGACGACGGACGCCCACAGCCCGUAAAGUACAUGUCAACGCCCGCCUACCAAAGCCCACUACGACAUCACCGGCGAGCUGCCUCGUCGACUAGACGCGUCAAGGAAACCUUCAAUGCCCGGUCCGAAUACAGCAACAGUGAAGAUGAUGGUAGCGCACAACACCGCAUCAACCAGUACUGGGUGAAACAGGAGAUUGGCCGUGGCUCGUUUGGUGCUGUCCACCUUGCUGAAGACCAAUAUGGGCAGGAAUAUGCUGUCAAGGAGUUCUCCAAGUCCCGGCUGCGGAAGCGGGCACAAUCCAAUCUUCUACGUCGACCGGCCGCCGCCAGACGCAUACGUGCCCUGCCUGCGGGCAUCGGCUUCAACUCGCCCCUGCAUCGACAUUCGACCACCGAGGAGAACAACGCGUUUGAGCUCAUCAAGGAAGAAAUCGCAAUCAUGAAGAAGCUGAACCACCCCAACCUCGUCACAUUGAUCGAAGUGCUCGACGACCCCGAAGAAGACUCGCUAUACAUGGUCAUGGAAAUGUGCAAAAAGGGCGUCGUCAUGCAGGUUGGGCUGGAAGAACGUGCCGAUCCGUACAGCGAAGAACAGUGUCGGUGCUGGUUCCGCGACAUGAUAUUAGGCCUCGAAUAUCUUCAUGCCCAGGGGAUUAUCCACCGAGAUAUCAAGCCCGAUAAUUGCCUGGUCACCGGGGAUGAUGUACUCAAGAUUGUUGACUUUGGCGUAUCGGAAAUGUUCGACAAGGAAGGUGAGAUGAAGACGGCCAAGUCCGCUGGAUCUCCCGCAUUCAUGCCACCUGAAUUGUGUGUCGCCAAACAUGGACAUGUAUCUGGAAGGGCGGCCGAUAUCUGGUCAAUGGGCUGCACCCUGUACUGCCUGCGAUUUGGCAGGAUACCGUUCGAGCGCACUGGCAUGAUUGAGCUGUACGAAUCCAUCCGGUCGGACCCUCUCGAGUUUGACUCGGACUGCAAUGAGGAACUCAAGGAUCUAUUGCAAAAGCUUAUGGAGAAAGAUCCAAAGAAACGCAUCACUAUGGAAGAGAUUAGAGAACACCCGUGGGUCACGCGACAAGGGACAGAUCCUCUGCUCCCAAAGUCAGAGAAUGUUUCUUCCAUCAUUGAGCCGCCUACGGAUGAAGAGGUCAAUGCUGCCAUUACCGGGAAUAUGGGCCAUCUGGUGACAGUGGUUCGUGCUGUCAAACGUUUCAAGCAAUUGCUAUUCAGGAGACGACCAGAGCGUAUCGAGAGUAUACUAGGUAGUGCGUCUCGCAUAGUACAGCCUCCACUGUCUAUGCGGCCGUCAAUGAUGCGCAAGUCAAAAUCACAAGAUACGCACGAUCGCCGUCCCGUGGAAAGUGCACUCAGCACCGAGGGCGUUCAUCAUGAGGUUAAAGUCGACGACAAGGGUCGCAAAUUACUGCAUCAUAUGAAUGAUAAGACGUUUUCAAAGUCCAAUUCUCGACAAGGACCCUCAUUCACUCGACCGUCGGCCAAAAACCCUACAGCCAGCAGUCCGUCGAUACAAAUACCAACAACCCCCAAGGAGGGCAAGGUUGUACAUGAAAACAUGUCUAUUCGACCAGCAAUAACUCAACCGAGCAUGUCAGGUACAGCUCCCUCAUCGACCCCUACCACGCCCAUUGGCAAGGGCCAAGCGCACGAUCCCUUAGAAGACACCCUCUUCCUUAAUAUUGGCACUGGCGAAGACUGCGUCCCCGAGUCAGAAGAAACCUUUAUCGUUUCUGAAUCUCCUUCCAAUGUCGACAUGAAUGUGUACGAGACGGCCUAUGAAGAGGAGGUUCAACGCAUCAUCGCUCAACGCAAAGACCAAUUCGCGAAUCGUCGGCCCACACUCUACCUUACUCGCCGCGUCGAGGACGUCAAGUCUAUCCGAGAUAGUGACUGCGUCUUCGAUGAAGGCCAGGACAUUCGGACCAACUUGAAAGGCAGCUUUAAAAGCUUUGUCGCCCGGACCAAGGAGGAUAUCGAGGCAAGAGGGGAAAUGCAGAAGCUUCAAGAAGGCAAGGAGGGCAAGCUUAGUAGAACCAUGCGGAAUGUCAGGGAAGCAAAGCGGCUUGUAGAGGAGGCGCGUGAGCGAGUCAAAACUGAAGAGCGGGAGCGUGACCGGGAAAGGAGCAGGAGUGCGACGCCUGUCCUGAGGCACAACAGCUCGGGCAGUGGACUGAGUAGGAGCGGGACGCCUGACGAAUUGGGAAAGCCUGAUAGUCCAAGGCUGUCUCUACCUGAGGCACUUGUGUUGUACACAAAGGACACUAGACUGUUUUGGAGCGAGGCGAUAGGGCUCAUCCUCGGAACUGGUGGCAUAGAGCAUACUGCGGACUGCGUCAUGGAUCUUGUUGUACACAAAUGUGAGGCCAUUAUUUAG